AUGAGGAUAGUGCCAGAAAAACUGGUGUUCAAAGCUCCCCUUAAUGAACAAUCAACGGAGUAUAUAAAGCUCGAGAACGAUGAUGACAAGAGAGUGAUAUUUAAGGUGAGGACCAGUGCCCCCACAAAGUAUUGCGUGAGGCCCAAUGUCGCCAUCAUAGGUGCUCAUGAAAGUGUGAAUGUCCAAAUCGUUUUCCUUGGAUUACCUAAAUCGACCACUGAGUAUGAAAUGAACCAAAAGCAGGAUAAAUUCUUGAUCGUUACACUUCCUAUCCCAGCAACUCAUGAAGACAUGGAGGAUGACAAGCUAUUGUCAAACUGGCCUAAUUUGGAAGAGCAAUACAAGGAUGACAUAAUCUUCAAGAAGAUCAAAGUAUUUCACUCCGCGUUACCGAGACAAAAGCCGUCUAGAAAGUACGCUUCAAAAUCAUCGAGAAGAGUGCCAGAAUCACCAGAUAAUGGGCAAGGUUUGAGUUCCAGAGCACUGCUUAUCAUUGCCGUUAUUGCUUUGCUCGUCGGCUGGAUAUAUUACUGA